GUAGAAGCCCCGUCCCGUUCCUCGCCAUAGAGGACCUCUCGCCGGCGGGCUUCAGGACGGCGGAUGCCGCGCUCCCCCUGGACUACGAGCAGUGUGCAGCAGUGGUGCGCGCCUACGCCCGCCUGCACGCCGCCUCCGCGAGGGUCCUCAGGGACCGGCCACACUACAAAACGCUCUUUGACCCAAAGGAUACCAUGAAUGAGGGUCUGCAGGAGUACUACAGGCAGUUCUCUGACCAUCUCUUCAAAGCCGCGGCCCGGCAGCUUAGAGCUCACAGUGGGUUCGAAAGCUACGCUGAAAAGUAUGAACGGCUUGCAGAAAAAUUCACAAACGACUUCUUCAACUACUGGAGGUCAACGGAAGUAAGGCUACCAGUUAUUCUGCACGGCGACUGUUGGAAGUACAACUACAUGUUUGCAAAUGUGGGUGGAAAUAAUAUAGAUGUUAGGCUCAUAGAUUUUCAGGGCAGCAAGGUGCACAGUGGGGCAGCGGACCUGCUGCACUUCCUGUACAGGAACGCCAGCGUGGAGGUGCACCGCGACCACCUGGACGCACUGCUGGCCGACUACCACGGCACGCUGGUGGCGCUCCUGCGUCGCCUGGACAUGGCGGCUGAGGCGGACAGCUACCCCCUGCAGGCCCUCGUCGACGACGUGCAAGCGGCCGGCACCUGCGCCGUCUACUACAGUGCACUGAGCCUCAUGUCGCUUACCUCGCACAGCCACACUUCCGAGUGGGGGAAGUUUUUCCAAAUCGCCGACGGUUCGGCGUCUCUCAUGGAAGAUGUUUUCAGAAAUCCCCACUAUGUUUCGUGUUUGAAAUACCUUGCACCAGUAUUUGACAGAAAGGGUCUUCUAUGAGUUAAGGCGAUAGCAGAGUGGUCUGGUGAUGAAAGAUCCUAUAUUGAAUAGAACAGUGGUUCCAACCUUUCUUGGACUAUUACACCUGAGUGCAAUCAGACGUUAUGUGGAACCCCCCCUCAACCCUCCCUCCCGUCCCUGCCCUCUGUUGCACCCCACUCCCCCACAUUAUCACCAACUUUAGCACCUAACUAAACUAUAGAAUGAAAGACUUUUCUUGGAACACUUUUAUUUUUAAAAUGAUGAAAGGUGAAUGAUAUUUACUCUCUGUGUGUGUGUGUGUGUGUGUGUGUGUGUGUGUGUGUGUGUGUGUGUG